AUGGUGGCGGGGAGGACGCGGAAGUACUACAUGGUUGGGGGGAAGGGCGGUGUGGGGAAGACGAGCGUUUCCGCCGCUCUGGCAGUGAAGUUCGCCAACGAGGGUCAUCGCACGCUGGUCGUUUCCACUGACCCCGCGCACUCCCUCAGCGACUCCUUCGCCCAGGACGUGUCAGGAGGGAAGCCUGUGGCUGUGGAGGGCACCGACCUGCCUCUGUUCGCCAUGGAGAUCGACCCAGAGCAGGCGCGGGAGGAGUUUCGGACAGCAACAGGGAAGGAUGGCGGCAAGGGCGUGAAGGACUUCAUGGACUCCGUGGGGCUGGGCGGCUGGGUGGACCAGCUGAGCGAGCUGAAGCUGGGAGAGCUGCUGGAUACGCCACCGCCGGGGCUGGACGAGGCUGUUGCCAUUGCCAAGGUGGUGCAGUUCAUGCAAUCGCCCGAGUACAGUGACUUUACUCGCAUUGUCUUCGACACUGCACCCACGGGGCACACACUUCGGCUCCUUUCCCUCCCCGACUUCCUGGACGCUUCCAUUGGGAAAAUUCUCACACUCAAGAACAAGAUCAGCUCUGCCACGUCAGCAGUCAAGUCUCUCUUUGGGCAGGAGGACGGCAAGCCUGACACAGCGGUGGAGAAGCUGGAGCAGUUGAAGGAGCGGAUGGUGAUGGUGAGGGAGAUUUUCCGCGACCAGAAGGCCACGGAGUUCAUUAUAGUCACAAUCCCCACAAUCAUGGCUAUUAAUGAGAGCGCCCGCCUGCUGAAAUCACUUGAGGUGGAGGGUGUGCCGGUGAAGCGGCUUAUAGUGAAUCAGAUCCUGCCCAAGUCCAACACUGACUGCAAAUUCUGCAACAUCAAACGCAAGGACCAGCAACGAGCGUUAGACAUAGUGGAGGCAGACAAGGAGUUGAGCCACCUGAGGGUGAUUCAAUCGCCCCUCUUUGACCUUGAGAUCCGCGGUGUGCCAGCUCUCAAGUUCAUGGGGGACCUUGUGUGGCGGUAA